AUGCUAGUACUGAUAGAUUGAAGAGGUGUGGUGGAUAAUUUUUCAAUUGAAAUUAUAGGCUUGCUGAUUAAUUUCAGCUCUUUUCUGACUAUUAAUGGCUCUUUUCUUAUGUUUUUCCAUUGGCUAAAGGAUAAUAGCAAGAUUUUCUUGAGAAUGUGGUCGAGAUUCUUGAGAUGUGGCUUUGCGGAUCUGACUUUAGACUUCUUAGGCUUGGCCUUGAUCGAAGUGCUUUGAAUUUCAAGCUCUUCUAUUAUUUCAGCGUCUUCUGUCAGAUAUAUCGGAACAACACAUUUGGUUUCUAGACAAUAA